AUGGAGAAAAGGAUGGGUGAUUACAUCGGCUAUCUCACAAAUUCCCAAGUGAUCGACCUUAUCUUUGAACAUCUGGUUGAUGUUGUUGUAGUGAAAAGGAAUGACACUAUGACAAAACGUACACCAUUCAUCAAACGACUGUCUACGAAACUAUAUAGCCAUGACAUAAAAUUGAGCAUGAUGGCGAUUGCAGAUGAAAAAUUUACGAGAGGUAUUACUGGAGGAUGUUCCAUGUCAUUAUGUUCCUCCGACACGAUGAACUGA